AUGAAUAUAAAAGAUUUGCUACACAAUGAAAUUAUCAUAAUAAAAAUAACCGAAUUUUUGACCAUACUGGAGAUUCAAAAUUUAAUCAUUUCGCUGAGAAUUAAUGUGAAGACGAAUUUGUAUUUUAUGAAUGAGUGCCUGUCCAUAUUGAUGGACAAGGAGUACACAGGGGAGGAGGAGGGGGAAGACGCGAAGGAAAAUUCAGGAGAAAACAACAAAGUCGAAAGGAACGAAGGGGAGCCACCCCCCUCUGCUGAUAUAGCUAGAUCGAAUGUAAGUGCGAACCAGAAUGAUAGACGUAGCCCCUUCGGGGAAAACGAAACACGUGAGGGGAAUCCCAACUGGAGUAGCGCUGCAGCACAUAAUGAGCCACCCCCAACCGGGGAAGUAAUCGAUUUGGCGGCCUACGAAGAGGAGCGCUCGCACAAUUUGGGGCAACCCCCUAACGAGGAAGCAACAAAGCAGAAGACUAAAUUUAAGCAGAGAAAGUACAAAAACUUCUACGAAAAGAACGUAAAAAGAGUGGGGAACAUGCGGUCGAUUAGGGAGUGCCUGAAGAUCGAUUUUUACUCGAGAGGGAAAAGACCGCUACACAGUGGGAACCCCCAAAAAGAAGGAAUCAAACGGUUCAGAAAAAUUUGGCUGUACACACACCUCUUCCACGAAAUAAUAGAUUUGAAGAAAAAAUUUAAAAAUGGAUUUUUAAAAAUAAACAAUAAUGAAGUGGUGCAAAGAAAUAGGACCAAACGGUUUGAUCUUUUUCAGCUUUUCAAAAUUAAUGGAAAAUUUUAUUCCAUUUUUGAUGCCCCCUGGGUUUCUGUAUAUUUCCAAUUUUGCUUAAAUGCCAUUUGCGUAUUUUGUCAACAGAAAGUUGAUAGGAACACCUUAUGUGUAUUUGCAGAGAAAAUUAAUUUAACUGUGUCAAAUAAAUUGCUUUUAAAUUAUUUUAACCAUAUUAUAAAAUCGGGGGAGCGCAACUUGCACGUAAACAAGGAGGGUAAUUCUUGUCAGGUCAUCUCAGAUCAGCCCCCUGAAGGAGGAGGGGCUGGCGAAUUGGGGGAGCCCCCACAGAAAAGGAAAAAAAUAAGCGUUGAUUCUGCUGAGGAUUGUUACGAACUUGAGUGUGCGUCCCUCAAGGGGCAAGCCAGUGGUGAUGAUUGGGACCAUGACGUCCGCAAGGAGGAUACCGCGGACACCCGUUCGUGGCGUGCAAGUGUUGACAACCUUCCGCUGGGGGGGGAGAGCACUACGAUUUCGAUGAAAGACGCGAAGGGUUCCUUCAUGGGAGGUCAUAACGAUUCAUGCUCCCUCAGGGGUGCGAACGAUUCCUUCUCCAUGGUAGACACGGAAGGUUCCCUCUCCUUGAGAGACAUGGGCAGCCGCUUCUCCCUGAAAGACACGAACGAUAGCACCUCGUGGGGAGGGGGAACCACCUUCGGCGGCAUUUCCUGGCAGGGCACGAACGACGACGCGCCGUUCCACUCGCAUAGCCGCUCGCAAAAUCAGCCGCAUGAAGAACUCGUUCAAAUUAGGGAAGAAUUCCUAGCGGUAAGAAAAACGCACAUUUUUUGCGACGACUGCUCAAGGAUCCUGGAGUACAGAAUGAACAUCAAGUCCAUUUUUGAAGCGUUGAAAAAAGAUUACGAAUUGUUAAAAAAACUGAAAAUCAUGACAAAGACGUUUAAAAUCCCCAAACAUCUUUUUUGUAUGUGUAAUUACUUCUUUUUUAAGGAUAAAUACAUUUUGUAUUUUAAAAAAGUUUCCAAUAAUUUGCAAAGUUUGAGAAAAAUAUUAAAAAAAAAAUUAAUAAACAAUUUUAUAUUCACCUUUUCGUUAAACUUUUAUAAAUUUGUAAUUCGAGCACUGCUAACAUGUGAUGACAAGAAAAUUUACCAUUCGGAGGACAUUUUCUUGUUUGGCUUUUACGUCAAGUAUAGGAAUUUACUAAACAUGUUUAACAGCCCCAGAAUUAUUUACGUGUACUACUCCUUCCAUGUCAUUUUGGAAAAGAUUAAAAAGCUUCAGCUUCUUUUUAGUCACAGGCAUUUCUUAAAGUUGACGCAUGAUCUGCACUUUGACGUCGUCGCCAUAAUAGAGAAGCUCAAACGAGCGGAUGCCAAGAGGAUUUACAGGGGCAUUUCCAAGUACAUAUAUGACAGCGUGAAUGAGGACAUGUUAUCCACGAGCAGCUACGAGGAGCUCUACGUCCACUUUUUCCAGUGCGUGAAGAAUUACAGAUUUGUCUAGCCCGGCCACCGCGAUGUGUAGCUAUACCAUCUUUUGUGUGUGUAGGGAGAGAAGGAGCGACAGACAGACAUAUUGGGCAGGGGAGAGGGACUACACCCCACGUGUGUUGAUGUGAUUUCCCAUCAGCAGUUCGUCUCAUUAGAAAAUUUGUACCACUAAGUGAGAUUUUUUGUACAUUUUACCAUGUACAUAUAAUUUUUUCCCCUUUUUUAAUCUCCUCCCUCUCCACACCAUUUUUUUUUUAGUGUUUUAACCUUUUUAAGUUUUAAUUUUUUUUUUCUUUUCCCCCCCCGAAUGUCCAACUUAACCCAUUUUGCUUCCAUCCAGUGUGUAUGAACAGUACAUGUGGAUUUCCGUUUUGUAUGUCUUUUCUCCUCCGUUGCAUUUUCCCGCCUUUUCUUUUGAUUUCUCCCC